AUGCUCUCCUUCUCCGCCACCACUAUCCUUGCACUUGCCGCUGUUGUGGCUGCUCAACCCACCACUCUCACUUCGACUGUGACCAUCACCGAAACCAUUUGGGAUGAUGCCACUUCGUCUUUCGAUUCUGCGUCUGCAGCUUCUGCUUCUGCUGAGUCUGCUUCUGUUGCUUCUGCCGAGUCUGCGUCUGUUGCUGCUGCCGCUGCUGCCGCUGCGUCUCUUUCAUCUGUUGCUGCGGUCUCUGCCGCUUCCGAGGCUGCAGUCUCUGCUUCCAUUGCGUCUGCUGAGUCUGCCUCUCUUGUGUCUGUCGCAUCUGCUUCUGAAGCUUCUGAAGCCGCUGCUGCUUCGAUUGCUUCUGCGUCUGCUGCUUCGGUCUCUUCUGCUUCGGCCGCUUCGGUCUCUUCUGCUUCAGGUGCUUCGGUCUCUUCGGAGUCCGCGGCCUCGGUCUCUUCUGUUUCCGCUGCUUUGGCUUCAGAAGCUUCCGUGUCUUCCUUGUCCGCAAAAGCGCAUGUAACAGCCUACCAGGGAAUGGUUGCCCUCAACUCGUCCGUACAAGCUGCGCCAACAGCCAACACCUCGAUUGCUUCCAGUUCGAAAACCCAAGGUUCCAGCCUGUCGUCUGCUGCUGGGGGUGCUGUUAUCGGUGUGGCCGCUGGUAUGGCUGCGGUUGUUGCUGCCCACUUAUUGUGA